GAGAGAGAGAGAGAGAGAGAGAGAGAGAGAGUCGCUUGCUUCCUAUGGCAAAGCCCCACCGUAGGCUUUUUGGCGGUGUGCUUGAAUCAUGGACGGUGACCGACCAUCCUCUCUCUCUUCAUUCGCAGCCAAUCCUCACAGAGCGGAAGUCGGCUAACCCAUUUGCCAAUUUCAAUCUCCCGACCAACCGAUUUCUUCCCUUUUCAUGCUUUAAUUUCUUUUUCCUUUUUUUUAAUCUUCCAUUCAAAUGCACAACAAUUAAACUAUUAUGUGAAGAAACGAGGGAUUUCAUUUCACAGUCAACAGGGAACCCCACCAUUCUCAUUUACAAUUUACAGCCUCGGUUUUCUCUCUUUGUCCUUGCCUUCUUACUCUCCCCUCCGUUUUCUCUACUGGGUUGUGAAGAUUCUACAAAUUCCAUAAGCUUGUACAAGCUAGGAUUCGAUCUGGGUGACUGUCUUUUUUUCCUGUUAUUAUUCUCCAAGUUUUGUUCAUCCAGUGGUAGGUAACAACAACGUUGCGUAUAUAACAUGGCUGUCUCGAUGAGAGAUUUGGAUCAAGCUUUUCAGGGUGCUGGCCAGAAAGCUGGGCUUGAAGUAUGGCGCAUCGAGAAUUUUCGUCCUGUUCUAGUACCAAAAGCAUCUCACGGAAAAUUUUUCAUGGGAGAUUCCUAUAUAGUCCUGAAGACCUCAUCCUUAAAAAGUGGUGCUUUGCGGCAUGAUAUUCAUUAUUGGCUUGGUAAGGAUACCACUCAGGAUGAAGCUGGUAGUGCAGCCAUCAAAACUGUUGAAUUGGAUGCAGCCCUUGGAGGACGUGCUGUUCAGUACCGUGAAGUACAAGGUCACGAAACAGAGAAGUUCUUAUCAUAUUUUAAACCGUGCAUUAUACCACAAGAAGGUGGAGUUUUGUCUGGGUUCAAACACGCAGAGGCUGAAGAACACCAGACUCGGUUGUAUGUUUGCAAAGGAAAACGUGUUGUUCAUGUUAAAGAGGUUACUUUUGCUCGAUCUUCGCUUACCCAUGAUGAUAUUUUCAUUCUCGAUACCAAGUCUAAAAUAUUCCAAUUUAAUGGUUCCAACUCAUCCAUUCAAGAGAGGGCCAAGGCAUUGGAAGUAGUUCAAUACAUUAAAGAUACGUAUCACGAUGGAAGAUGCGGAGUAGCUGCCAUUGAGGAUGGCAAAUUGAUGGCAGAUGUUGAUACUGGAGAAUUUUGGGGUUUAUUUGGUGGUUUUGCUCCACUUCCAAAACGAGUAGGCAGUGAAGGUGAUAAGAUGGUCGAUUCGCAUCCAAUUAAACUACUAUGUGUUGAGAAGGGUAAUAGAGAAUCUGUUGAGGCCGAUUCUAUAGCUAGGGAGCUGUUAGACACGAAUAAAUGUUAUAUUCUAGAUAGCGGGGCGGAAGUUUUUGUAUGGAUGGGGAGAAAUACCUCUCUUGAUGAAAGGAAAGGUGCCAGCAGAGCUGCAGAAGAGCUAGUCAGUGAUCCUGAUCGUCCACAAUCACAUAUAAUGCGUGUGAUUGAAGGCUAUGAACCUAUAAUAUUCCAAGCCAAGUUCGAUUCAUGGCCAGAAACAACUGAUGUAGGCGUAUCGGAGGAUGGUAGGGGCAAAGUUGCAGCACUUUUGAAACGUAGAGGAGUUAAUGUGAAGGGUCUUUUGAAAAAUGAUCCUGUAAAAGAGGAACCUCGACCUUACAUUGAUUGUACAGGAAAUCUACAGGUCUGGCGUGUCAGCGGCGAGGAAAAACUUCUACUUCCCGUCUCUGAUCAGUCAAAAUUUUACACUGGAGAUUGCUACAUUUUCCAAUAUUCCUACUCCGGAGACGACAAGGAAGAGUUUCUCGUCGGAACAUGGUUUGGGAACCAGAGUGUUGAGGAAGAAAGGGCUUCUGCUCUAUCGCUCGCCGCCAAGAUGGUCGAAUCACUGAAGUUCCUGCCUGUUCAGGCUCGAAUUUACGAAGGAUUUGAACCAGUCCAGUUCUAUUCCAUUUUCCAGAGCUUUAUCGUUUUUAAGGGUGGGAUGAGUGAUGGCUACAAGAAUUACAUUACAGAAAACGAAAUUCCAGACGUGACGAAUUCAGAAGACGGUGUUGCAUUGUUUCGGGUCCAGGGCUCUGGCCCCGAGAAUAUGCAAGCAAUUCAAGUUGAAGCAGUCGGAUCCUCUUUGAAUUCCUCUUAUUGUUACAUUUUACAUAGUGGCCCUACUGUUUUUACUUGGUGUGGAAGUCUUACCACCCCUGAUGACCAGGAACUUGUUGAAAGAUUUCUGGAUGUGAUAAAGCCUAAUUGUCAAUCUAGGCCACAGAAGGAAAGCACAGAGUCUGAACAAUUUUGGGAAUUGUUGGGAGGAAAAUUGGAAUAUCCUACUCAAAAAAUUGCUCGGAAUAAUGAGAGUGAUACACACUUGUUCUCUUGCACUUUUUCAAAAGAAAAUUUGAAGGUUGCAGAGAUAUUCAACUUUCGCCAAGAUGAUCUGAUGACGGAAGAUAUUUACAUUCUUAGUUGUCACUCUGAGAUCUUUGUUUGGGUUGGCCAACAGGUUGACCCCAAGACUAAACUGCAUGCUUUACAGAUUGGUGAGAAAUUUCUCGAGAUUGAUUUUCUUCUCGAAAAAUUAUCACGUGAAACUCCGAUAUAUAUCGUUAUGGAAGGGAGCGAGCCACCAUUUUUCACACGUUUCUUCUCGUGGGAUUCUGCAAAAUCCGCUAUGCACGGAAAUUCGUUUCAGAGAAAGCUUGCAUUAGUCAGAAAUGAUGGUACUCCUGCUGUAAAUAAACCGAAGCGGAGAACUCCUGUAAUGUAUGGAGGGAGGUCGAGUAGUGUGCCCGAAAAAUCACAGCGCUCACGGAGUGUGUCGUUUAGUCCCGAUCGAGUCCGUGUGAGAGGAAGGUCGCCUGCUUUCAAUGCAUUAGCUGCAAAUUUUGAGAACCCAAGUGCUAGAAAUCUAUCUACUCCUCCACCAAUGGUUAGAAGAUUAUACCCAAAAUCUAUUACUCCUGAUUCAUCAAAGCUGGCUUCUAAAAAGGCAGUCAUAGCAGCACUUAGUGCAAGCUUCGAACAGCCACCACCCGCUCGAGAAUUUAUCAUACCUCGCUCUUUGAAGGGUGCCUCGAAGCCGAAACCCGAGUCGGAUAAUAAAGAGAACUCCAAGAGCAACAGAUUAGGAUCUCUUACUAUACAGGAAGAUGUGAAGGAGGGUGAAGUUGAAGAUGAGGAAGGUCUCACAGUACAUCCGUACGAGUCCCUUACGACACUGACGAGUACUCCAAUUCCAGACAUCGACGUGACGAAGCGAGAGACAUACCUGUCCUCGGCGGAGUUCAAGGAGAAAUUUGGAAUGACAAAGGAUGAGUUCUAUAAGCUACCGAGAUGGAAGCAGAUCAAACUUAAAAUGGUGUUACAUUUGUUCUAGAGCUCCUUGUUUAACAAUGCCUUUGAUUGCUCGUCUUUGAGGUUUGGUUGCCAGUAGCAGUGUUCGUUCGUUGUAACGAUAUCGGUUCGUGUUCUAUAAACCGAUACUCUAAUCGAUUGCGCCAUCAUUCUGAUCGUCCGCAGCUGUGCAACUCAGAGUUCUUAAUGGAGAGCAUCAGUGCAUUUUAAGCUGUCUCUGCUCCCAAACAAAACUCAGAGCUGUUCUUUAGUGGUUUGAAUGUGUCUAGAGCUUUCACUAGCAGUUGAGUUAGUUGUGUGAUUAUUUGCUUUGAAAAUUGGUUUGGUUUUUGUUUAUCUAAUUCUUUUUUAAUUUGAUUUUGUUUUCUAUUUUUUUUAUUAAAAAAAAAAAAAAAAAAAAAAACAGAGAGAGAGAGAGAUAGCAAUUACUUUUAGUUGUAUUGAUUGAUGGCUGAGGAUGGAAUCAUGUACAGACAGCAUUGUAUAAACCAGUCCUCUCAUUUUUGUUC